UCGUAGGCCCCGCCCACGCAGCGCACGGCCCCGCCCAUCGCGUAUCCAACCGGGCGGCCCCUCCAGGCCCCGCCCAUCGCGCUUAAGGCUCCACCCACCACAAGAUUUAAAGCGGCCAGGCCCUGGGGGCCUGCUCGCCAGAGGGACGCUACGGGUACCGUUAGGGCCCGGAGGGUCACGUGGUCAAGCAGACACACCCGGGGCUGAGGGUCGUUCCCAGGGUGGGGGCUGGGGUGCGCACCAAGACGCGGUCCCGACUGAGCAUGCUCAGUCGAGGGUCUGCCCUCCGGCGCCGGCCAGGGGUGCACCCCCAGCGCCCAACGGAGGGAGGAGGCGGACAGGAGUCGUUAUGGAAAAUUACAAGAUUUUGGAUGAGCUGAAUCCUGGGGCCUUGGGGGUGAACCUAGUGGUGAGGGAGAAAGAAACCAAAGUCAAGUUCGUGAUAAAGCAGGUGGAAUGCAUUGAUGAUCAUCAUGCCAAUGAGGCCCUGGAUGAGCUGAUGCCGCUGCUCAAGCUCCGGCACGCCCACAUCUCCGUCUACCAUGAGCUGUUCAUCAUCUGGAACGGCCAGACCUCCUCUCUGUUCCUCUGCCUGGUGAUGGACUACAGCAAGGGAAGCUUCCAGAAGGUCAUUGAGAAGGCGAGGGAGAAAAGGGCCGCCAUUGACUCGGAGUGGCUGCAGAACGUGCUGGGCCAGGUGCUGCACGCCCUGGAGUACCUGCACCAGCGGGACAUCNGUUUCAGGAACCUCAAGCCCUCCAACAUUGCCCUGGUGGGCACCAACCACUGCAAACUGCAGGACCUGAGCUGCAACGCCCUGAUGACCCACAAAGCCAAGUGGAACAUCCGGGCAGAGGAAGACCCCUUUCAGAAGUCCUGGAUGGCCCCCGAGGCCCUCGGCUUCUCCUUCAGCCCGAAAGCCGACAUCUGGUCCUUGGGCUGCAUCAUUCUCGACAUGGUCAGCUGCUCCUUCAUGGAGGCCACCGAGGCCAUGCUGCUGCGCAAGUCCAUCCGGAGCCUCCCCAACAAGCUGGGCAGCGUCCUGAGGACCCUGGAGGAGCGGCGGGUCCCCCAGGCCAAGACCUGCAGCUCCCUUUUGCCCCAGAUGCUGCAGAUCGAGCCCUCGGAGCGAAUAACAGUCCGGGAGGUGAUCCAGCUCACCCUGAUGAGCAGCGACUUCAGGCCAACCUGUGUCUCCCUGUUGCUGCACCAGCGGGACGUGCCCGAGUUCAUCACCGCCAUUAUCUCGGAAGGCCACGUGGCCCGCCUUCUAGGUGACGAGGGGGACCCUGUGUCUCAGCCCCACAACCCAGCCCCCGGACUGCUCCCCCGGGGUGGCCAGUCGGGGGAAGGCCUUGGGCAGCCCCUCCACCACGGCAGGCCCCGCCGGUCGGAGGUCCAGAUCAAGGUCAUGGACAGGCUGCUGAGAAUGUCUGACGACCAGCUAGGUCUGCCGUGGUCGAUGGGGGUAGUGGCCGUGCUGGUCACCAUCAUGAAGAACCACGAGAGGCUCCUGGACAUCCAGCUGUGCGCCUGCGCCCUGCUGCUGCGCACCCUGGGCCAAGGUCCUCAAAGGGAAGCUCCAUUGGCCAGCCCAGGAAUGGGUGGGAGCGGAGACGCUGGGACAUGUGGCCCGAGGGAUGGACCAUGUCCUUGUUCCUGGGUCCUAUGCUUGGCAUGCAUUGGCCCGGCGGGGGCCCAGCAGUGUGGGGCACAUGGGACCCUCGUGCCUGAGGACAGCAGGGGGUGGAGGUGGAGCUCAGGGAGGGCUUCCUGGAGGAGGGGCUCCAUGUCCUCGAUUCCUGGCCCAACAGGGUGUGACUCGGAGGUGCUGCAGAAGGCGGGGCUGUUCACGCACAUCCUGAAGCACCUGGACACCUGCUCCGGGAACAGGGAGGUCUGCAUGGCCGGCCUGAGCCUGCUCUGGGUGCUGCUGGUGGAUGCUGACAUCAUGGACAAGGCCCCCCUGGAGAAGGCCCCGGGCCUCAUUGUGGAGCUGCUGGCUGCCUACCCUGUGGACACAGAGAUGGCGGAGGCCGGCUGUGCGGUCCUCUGGCUGCUGUCCUUGCUGGGAAUCCGUCCUGCCUCCCCUCACCCCACAGAGCUGGCGGCGCUGCGGGUGGUGGUGGCUGACGAGAAGGGCAGCGGCCUCAGCCUCAUCAGGGACACGUAUGAGCUGCACAAGGACCACCCGGAGGUGGCGGAGAACGUGUGCUUGCUGCUGGUCCACCUGGCUUCCUACCAGGACACCCUGAGCGAGCUGGUGUCCAGUGGCAUCCAGCCCCUGGUCCGGGAGAUCAAGGAGCGCUUCACCUCCAGCCUGGGCUGGCCUGGCGCUGUGUGCCGUUUCGGCGCCUCCUGCUGCCUGUGGGUCCGUGUUGGAACUUAGAGGGCAGCCAUCAGCUCUUCAAAG